GACUUUGAUUCAUCUGACCUAUGUCAAACGUCCUCACCAUGGGGGAAAUUUCUUUUCUGGAAAAAAAUUUACAUUGUUCUCCACUUGCUGCUUGGCAGCUGGGGCCGAUGGGCAGACACGGAGCAAUGGCAAACGUGGAGUUUGUCCGGAGCCGUCACCCUCGGGGGCUGCUCUGACGGGUUGGUUUCAGCACCAAGGACAGCUGCGGCUCCCCAUGCUGAUGACGCUGGGGAGUCCUUCGCAAAUGCUUACAUCGAUUUCUUUUUGUUUCCCCGUGUGUUUAUGACACAAAUCACACCUGAAAAGAAGGAGGAAGAAGACUUUUGGUUAACUUGCUGAAUUAGGUCAUGUUUACUUUUCAGUGCGCAUCUCCUAAAUAAAAAAAAAAGUCUCCAAAGUUAUCACCUCCCCAGAGAAAUCUCUGUCAUGAUCAAUCCAGGGGGAGGAAUCGGCCACACUUUUUAAGGAAAGCAUCAUAUAAACAACAGCUUCUCUCGGUGAAGGGUUGAUGCCCUUUAUAGCUCACAAGUCGUUCUUGCCUUUCACACACACGAGGGGAGACACGGACUUAUUUCUCAAGUCGGCUGUAGGUGUAGGUGAGAACAAGUCUCAGCUUUGUGCCUCCAUAAACUGGGAAGGGUUCUGAGAUAUGAGCCAACAGGUGAGUUGGGGAGCAUCGCCCAGUGUCAGCCAGAGGGCCCCAUGGAGAGCUGAGCUGUCACGAAAGGGAGGACUUUGUCAGGAGCCUCUUAGUAUGGUAAUUGCUUGCCCAAGGUCAGAGUCUCUCGAACACAGCCCAGGGAUUCCGAAACAGCUUUUCUAAGCUGAAGGCAGCUGCUAGCACUAGGGAAAAUCCCACAGUCUCAGCUAAUUACAGUGCCUGGCUUUGUUGUAAUCGCACAGUAAGCAAAAGGCAGGAGGCUUGCAGGAGCCGAGGCACUGGCAGUCCAAAGCCAUGCUUGUUAGAGAUGUGUUAGAGAGCCAGCAGCGGGCAUUGGACGGUCAGAGCUCCAUUUGGCAGGCUCCAGGGCAGCAAGCACCUGCAGCACUUCUGGCCACAUGGCCAAUGGUUCUGCUGCACGUGAGGAAAACUGAGUGGGAAGUGCAGUUUCAAAUCCUGGAAAGGAAUAAAAAGGUCUGUGAAGCCCCAGUUUCCCUAAAUCCAGACUGAAGAGACUCAUGUAUCAGUCAGAGAAGGGCUUAUGCACUGAAUUUCCCAUGCGCAGAACACUCCUUUCCUGGGGUAGAGUUUGACAUUGUGUGCAAUGGAUUUCUCAGUGAGCAAUUCCUGCCACCACCUAACUAGCUUCUCUUUUGGGAAGACAUAGGCUUAGUACUGUGAUAAUUUUCUUAAGCUGCAUUCUCAGUAGCUUGCUCUCUGCAUUCACCUUCCAUUGCUGGGGCUUCCAGUGGUACUGAUCUUGAUAAUCCUUUCUCUUGCCUUUCUCAGUUCAGUAUUUUCACAGGAAUGUUAUCAACGCUAGACAGAAAAGGGGAGAGAGUGUUAAUUUUUACACUACACCUCCCAUUUCAAAGAGCUUUGGAGUUGUUCCCACCUUCUCCAUGGAAAGGAAGGGAAGAAAGGAGAACUUUCCUCUGACAUUCCUAAACGAAAGCCUCUAAAAAUGUAUCCUUGUCUCACUGGUGCUUUUUCUCUUCUGACACAUUUCUUCUUAAAAAAAAAAAAAAAUAGAUUUAAUUGUUUUGGUUAUCUCUUCGGAUCUAAAGAGUGACAGACUUUAACAAGCAGAACACAACUUUCAGUUUGCAAAGUGACAUUACCAAACCAAAAUAUGACUGGAUUAAAACAAACAAAUUGCACGAUUCACGUUGCUUACUUUAGAGUGUGUUUUGAGACACUGAAUCUGUUUUAAUUUGGUUGCAGCCUGCAUGCUUUAUGUUCCCUGUUAAAAAGACAAUUCCUUUGAUCUUGGACUGUGGUGCAAAAAGGAAACAUGCUGGUUUUGUGUUUCUCCACAUCUCUGCUUUCCAACUGCAACUGUGUUGUGAUGAUGGCCAAGGGAAAUCACAGCUCCAUCACUGAAUUUGUGCUCUUGGGAUUCUCUGAAAAGAGGGCCAUCCAGGCUGUUCUCUUUAUGGGCUUCUUGCUGAUCUACCUGAUCACUCUGCUAGGCAAUGUGGGCAUGAUCACAUUGAUCAGGCUGGACUCCCGGCUUCACACCCCUAUGUACUUCUUCCUGAGCAGCUUGUCCUUCCUCGAUAUCUGCUAUUCCUCCACAAUCACUCCUCGAGUGCUUUCAGACCUCCCAGCAUCACAGAAAGUCAUUUCCCACUCUGCAUGCCUGGCACAGUUUUAUUUCUACGCUGUCUUUGCCACCACAGAGUGCUACCUUUUGGCCGCAAUGGCAUAUGACCGCUACGUGGCCAUCUGCAGCCCUCUGCUCUAUGUCUUCUCCAUGUCCAGCAGAGUUUGUGUGCUGCUGGUUGCUGGCUCAUACCUUGUCGGGGUUGUGAAUGCCACCAUUCACACAGGGCUUGCACUGCAGCUGUCCUUCUGUGGUCCCAACAUCAUCAAUCACUUCUACUGUGACGGUCCCCCGCUCUACGCCAUCUCGUGCACAGACCCCACCACCAAUGAGAUUGCGAUGUUUCUUGUGGUUGGCUUCAACAUGCUCAUCACCAGCGUGACCAUCUUCAUCUCCUUGAAGGGUGGUUGGUCUCCAAAGAACACUUUCUGCCCUGAGAAGGGGAGUGUCAUCUGUUGUGAUGGAAAUAGCCUUAACCAUCUGGAUGACAAGAGCCUGGAGCUCAGGCCUGCUGGAAGAGCUUUCUAUUAUGGAAUCGAGUGCACCCUAAGCAACUUUGUGGAUGACACAAAGCUGAGUGGCGCGGCUGAUAUGGCAGAAGGAAGGGAUGUCAUCCAGCAAGACCUUGAUAAACUCUAA